AUGGAGGAAGAAGGAGCCCUGCCCGCCAUGUGGUUGACUUAUAAUAAAUUCCGCAAGAUGAUGCACUUUGAAGCCGACGAGGUGGAAGACUUGGACGUUGCGUUUGACAGCGAUGACUCGGAGGACAUAGAAGCCCAGGGAAUGGCCCCGGACGGCGACGCUGGCGAGAGAGAGGAGGCGGAUACCGACGUAGACGUAGAUAUCGAGGAUUUGGACGCUGAGGAGCUCAAAAUUGAAGAAUCUGAUUUAAAUUCAGUCAAAGAUCGCAUUGAAUCCAUUUGUGGAAUCCUCUCCAAGUGGAGCGCCGUCACCAAGGCCCAAACUGUGACUAGAAAGCGAGAAUCAUUCGUUUCCGAGCUAAAACGCCUGGUAUCGCUUUAUUACGGUUAUUCCGACGAACUUGCCGACUAUUUCCUGAAGCUCUUUAACCCGGUGGAGGCCAUUCAGUUUUUCGAGGCCAAUGAGCAGCCACUGCCGCUUACAAUCAGGACGAAUACACUAAAAACAAGGAGGAAGGAACUGGCUGUCAGCCUGAUCAAUAGAGGAGCGAAUGUGGAUCCUACCGGCGACUGGACAAAGGAAGGUUUGGUGGUUCAUUCCUCCAAGGUCCCGAUUGGAGCUACACCAGAGUACCUUGCAGGACACUACAUGCUCCAAUCAGCCUCUUCCCUCAUCCCAGUGCUCGCACUAGCCCCAAAAGAGGGAGAAAAGGUGCUGGACAUUGCCGCAGCUCCCGGAGGAAAGACGACCCAUAUCGGCCAGAUUAUGAACAAUACGGGUCUCAUAUAUGCAAACGACUUUAAUAAGGACCGUUGCAAGGCGUUGGUUGCCAAUAUUCACAGGCUCGGAGUAACGAAUACCAUUGUGACAAAUUAUGAUGGCACAAAGCUACUAAACGUCCUGCCUCCUUUGGACCGUGUACUAUGUGACGCUCCGUGCUCAGGUUUGGGAGUAAUUUCCAGAGACCCAUCGGUAAAGGUCAAGAGGACCCUGAAAGACAUUCAAGAAAAUGCAGUGUUGCAAAAGCAGUUGUUAUGCACUGCCAUUGAUUUGGUGAAUAGUGCUUCCAAGACUGGCGGAUGCAUUGUGUACUCUACAUGCAGUCUAUCUGUUGAAGAAAAUGAAGAAGUUGUGAAUUACGCCCUGAGAAUGAGAAAUGUAAAGUUGGUUCCCUUAGGCUUGGACAUUGGAUCUCCAGCCUUUAGUAGAUUUAGAGGAAGAAAGUUUCACCCUUCAAUAGCUGCUCAUGCUAGGCGUUUUUAUCCUCACAAGCAUAACCUUGAUGGAUUCUUUGUGGCAAAAUUUGUAAAGUUGAGCAACAAGAUUCCUAUACGAGAAAAACGCUUUAGAGGAUUCCCACAAGGCCAGAAUGAGCCUCAGGAGGCUGUAGAGGAACCAAAACCUGAGACUUUUGAGAAGCCAAAGGACAAGAAACCAAAGGGGAAUAAAAAGGCCAAGAAGUAG